AUGUGCAGUCAAUAUGCCAGCGACCUUGUAGCCGAUGUGGAACUCUUGGUCGAAGAUGACGCCAUUGUUACCAUGGCAAUACUGAAUGAUGUUUUUGAUUUUCUAAGAAAGUCGGUGGUGUGCUCAAGAAAUUUUUAUGAGGAGGUAUGCUUACUUUUUUGUCUUAACUCAUUAUACAAAGUUAGGUAUAAACGCCCACCAAAUGUAUUAUUUCUUAAUCAGCGUUUUUUCGGCAUUCUUCACUGAAAAUUUGAUAAAACUACAUCAAAGAUUCGUUGUGCAAUGCCCAAUCUGCCAGAACUGACGUCUAUAAUGUGAUCUAACCCUGAACUUGAAUAAAUUCAAACCCGUCUGUGUUAUAAAAGUGAUCUAUUGACAUCUUUUAUUGUUUAUAUUUUUCCCAGGAGUAUUUUGUUCGACAAGUGCAUCUGCUAAUCACAAAUUUCAUCGUCAACAUGCCACUGAAGGUGAGUAGUGGUUUUAUUUUACCUAAAAACGCACAAGUUGUAACAAACUGCAGCAGACUUGUAGCAAUGCUGUUCCAACAACUUGUCAACAGGAUGUGUUCGCACUGCUUGUUCCCAGCUUGUUGACAACUUGCUACAAGGUUGUUGAGCUCAACAGACUUGUUAUAAGUUGUUCCAACAACUUGUUAUCGUCCUGCAAUUCAACAAUUUGUCAACAAAUUGUGAGUGACAACCGCAUUGCAACUUGGUGAAAUAACAGCAUUGUUACAACUUGUUGACAAGCCUAGAAGGGUUCAAAACUCAUAGUGACGCAGAAAGUUUUGGCUCAGGGGAAUUUUAAAGCACAUUUUGACUGAUAAACUUUCAUGUCUCGUAUUUAUAAUGAGGUACGGAUAAUGGCUACAGAUACGGACUUAGAAAAUUUUGACCAAAUUUUGCCUUAGAAAAGUGAGUUCCUGCCAUUUGAAAAGUGAGUUCUGCCAUUUGAAAAGGGAGUUCUUCUAUUUGAAAAGGGAGUUCGGCUAUUUGAAAAGGGAGUUUUGCCAUCUGAAAAGUGAGUUUUGCCAUUUCAAAAGUGAGUUCUGCCAUUUGAAAAGGGAGUUUUACUAUUUGAAAAAGGAGUUCUUCUAUUUGAAAAGGGAGUUCGGCUAUUUGAAAAGGGAGUUCUGCCAUUUGAAAAGGGAGUUUUGCCAUUUGAAAAGUGAGUUCUGCCAUUUGAAAAGGGAGUUCUGCUAUUUGAAAAGGGAGUUCUGCUAUUUGAAAAGGGAGUUCUGCUAUUUGAAAAGGGAGUUCUGCUAUUUGAAAAGGGAAUUCUGCUAUUUGAAAAGGGAGUUCUGCUAUUUGAAAAGGGAGUUCUUCUAUUUGAAAAGCGAGUUCUGCUAUUUGAAAAGAGAGUUCUGCUAUUUGAAAAGAGAGUUCUGCUAUUUGAAAAGCGAGUUCUGCUAUUUGAAAAGGGAGUUCUGCUUUUUGAAAAGGGAGUUCUGCUAUUUGAAAAGGGAGUUUGGCAAGUUUGCAACGAACUUGGGACCCGCGCGUUGAAAAGUGACUUAAAAUCGACAAUAACAGAUCAAAGCAGGCGUUAUUAAAAUCGUCAUACAAGGCAACAAAAAGUAUUUGGGAGACUUCCCCCCGAGGCGAAUCAUGAAAACCAGGUUCAUAUGAACAUGCCCUGAGCAAUAUUCAACGCCUCGAAUGUAUUGUGAUCAUUGCUUUUCAGGUGAAAGAAUUGCGAACGCUCGGAGACGAGGCGGCCCGGAUAUUACAAGCAUGCGCUCAGGAGGGUCUGGCUCCCCCUGUCGAUCAACGGCAAGAUUUUGAGACUUUUAUGAGAUUG